GGGGAGUUGCUGAGCCCGUGUCGCUGUGACGGAUCUGUGCGCUGUACCCACCAACCCUGCCUCAUCCGCUGGAUCAGCGAGAGAGGCUCUUGGAGCUGUGAGCUCUGCUACUUCAAGUACCAGGUCCUUGCCAUCAGCACCAAGAACCCACUGCAGGUACAGGGUGUGUGUGUGUGCAUGCGUGUGUUUGUGUGUCUACAAGUACUGCCCCAUACCUCAGGGGUUCUAUAUCAAAUCCAAUGUAUUGUGUGAAUGCUAAGCAUAUCAUCCCACUCUAAUGCUCCCAAAAUACUUACAAAUAUAACAAAACAAAUCGUCUUGCCUGUGGCUGCAUGACAGUGCACAGAUCAUUAUCUCCACCAAAAAAAGACACACAUUGAUCCACCACCUCCCCUCUCUCCCUCCAACCCCCCUCUCUUUCACCCUGUCUCUCUCCCUGUCCCUUUAUCUCUCUCUCUCUCUCUCCCUCCACCCCAUCCCCUCUCUCUCUCCCUCAACCUCCCCUUCUCUCUCUCCAGUGGCAAGCCAUCUCUCUGACGGUGAUAGAGAAGGUGCAGAUAGCAGCCAUUAUACUGGGUUCUCUGUUCCUCAUCGCCAGCAUCUCCUGGCUGGUGUGGUCGUCCCUCAGCCCCUCGGCCAAGUGGCAGCGCCAGGACCUGCUCUUCCAGAUCUGCUACGGCAUGUACGGCUUCAUGGACAUCGUGUGCAUAGGUAAGCUAGACGGUUCUAUGACGUAGACCUCACCGACAUACUAUCAAAGAUAAUCAUACGCUUUUGUGAUUGCAAUUGCAGGUAUGGGUGUAGAGUUGCGUAUGAAAAAAAAGGAGAAUACCUCCAUGCUCCCAGAGUUUGAAUGUAGGAAUUGUGGUUGAAACGUUCCAGUGUUACAGUAAGACUUGAGGUGUGUGUGUGUGUGUGUGUGUGUGUGAUAGAGAGAGUAGGUGAGUAAGAGCAAUUUGUUUGUUUCUCAGAGAGGCCGUAGCCUGUGCAAUAUGUCUCAGCUGAAAAUGUACAGAUUUGUACAUCCAGACUGUUUAAAUAUUUACAGCACACUUGUGCAAAGGUAGCCUACGAUAAUUUCAGCUUUAAAGUGUUUUUUUCUUACUUUCUCGCCCGUCUCUCUUUCUCUGUGUCCUUUCAUCUGUUUCCCUCUUUGUCUUCACAUUCUGCAAUCUUUCACCUCUCUCUGUCUGCUUGCCUCGCUCCUCCCUCCAUCUCUCUUCUAUUCACUGUCUCUCUUUCUCCUACCACUUGUAUCACUCCUGCUUCUCUCACUUUCAUACCUGUCCUCUCUCUCUUCUCCCUCUUGCUCUUGCUCUUUCUCUCACUCUCUCUCUUACUCCCCCCCACUUUUCAUGUCUGUCUGGAUUCUCUCUCCAGGCCUUAUAAUCCACGAGGGAUCGUCAGUAUACCGGAUCUUUAAGCGCUGGCAGGCAGUGAACCAGCAGUGGAAAGUACUGAACUAUGAGAAAGCCAAGGACCUGGGCGACCCCAUCAGCUCCAGCAGCAAGGGUGGGGGUCAAAACCCUCCCCAUGGCUCGGCCGGGGCGGACAGGGGGGGCCGGACAGGCCAGCGUGUUAGGACUAUUCUCAACCACCACUUUGGCUACACCAUCCUGCACAUCCUCAGCCAGCUGAGGCCCAGCAACCCGCGCAUCAGCGCCACAUCCAACCGCGAGGUGGUCAUGAGGGUCACCACCGUAUGA